CUGGGUGGGGGGGCGUCCGCCCAAAGAGCCCCCCCCCACACACGCGACCCCUGCCGGUUAGUGCCGGAGCCCCUCCUCGCCCGGAGGCAGCGCAAGGGCUACAGUCGCAUGGAGCGUUGCCAACAGGCCUGGAGAGAGCCCCCUGGCAGUUGGCAACAGGUGUGGAUAUGGGCGGCCGGGGCCUUUCAGGGCACUGGGGAGGGGGGGGCGUGAAUCUGGACCGGGCUUUUUUCCUCCAGGCCGCUGACCCCCCUCCUUAGAGGGGAGCCAGUUUCGGUCCGGUGGCCCCUUCAUAAGCCAACGGGAGUUCCAGGGUAGGAGCUGUCGAGAGUCCGAGCGCCGGGGAGCCUUGAGGCUGGGAAGCGUGGACCUUGGACACCUUGUAAGGGGCUCCUGGACCCGAAUCUCGCUCUUCUGCUGCAGACCACACGGCUGCCCCCUGGACCUGCCUGCUCAGAGGGGGAGCAGGAGAUGUUGGCAAGCAGGCCGGGCACAAACGGAGCAUCCCAGACGGGCUGUGCAAGAGUUCGAGUCUCGGGGGGUCUGCCGUCCACAAGGCCUGCUGGAGCUGGCAGGAUGCAGUGGCAGAGAAGGGUGCCGGGACAUGCAGGCAGCUGGCGUAGCCCAACCUGCUCUCUGCAAGGCCCCCAUCCUCGCUGUGCGACGCACAACUGUGUUGUGGUUUUAAGCCUUGUUGCUUCUGUGAUGCAGUCUCGAAUAUGCGCCCCACAAGGGGCCAUUCUGGCUGCUCUUGAAGUAAAGGAAAUCAGUUCACGCUGACAGCCAAAGCGGUGAUGCAGUUAGGGUGUGUGCCCAGGACUGGGGAGAGCUGUGUUUGAAUCCCCCCUCGGCCUCGAAGCUCACUGGGGCUCAGUCAGAAGACAUUUAGUCAAGACGGACGAUUAUCAGGGCACGCAAGACCAACAACUUUGGCUCCUUCGUUUAGCCAGGACGCGACGUGUGGGCACCUUGGUCGGCGGAGGGCAUACUCUCUUUCGGGCAACUGGGAAUCUAAGCCACGUUUGACUCCUAGCUUUGGGAAAGAAGCCCUCCUUGCUCAGAUCUCGUCACUAAGUGGAGUUAGUUGUCGACUGAGUGGCAGCUCAUAACCCUGGCAGUUCACCAGGUUCACACCUGCCGCCGACCAACCGAAUUGCAUUUCUAUGUCCGGAUUGGAGAGAAGUGACCUUGGUCACAAGACAAGCUCUCAGUCUUGCUUGACAAAGGGAGCCGUGGCCUGGGUUCCUGGGAGAAAAGGCAGGAGAGCAAUCUGGUCAAGAAAGAGCAACGGGCUGGGCCCGGCUGAAGAACGUGAGCCACGUCCCAACCAUAUGCCUGGUGCAGUGGAUCCAGGCAGGGAUUGGCACAUUCCGUCGCCAGAGCCUCACGUGUUGCCGGCCGCUCCUUGUUUGAACCUGCCUGGUUAUGCAAAGAGCAAGUGCCUUUUAAAGAAAACACAGACAACGCCUGCUGGGUUCUUGCUGUCUAAAGCAAGACAGGGAAGGUAUGUGCAGACACAGGCUGAGUCCAGCUUUGCCUUACGCUUCGAUUGCCAGCAACAGGUUGAAAAACUGCUUCAGACAGGAAGAAGGAAGUGACCUCACGAUGUCCUAAGGAGCGUGGAGUAAGGCUGGGCUGCCGACAAGAAGAACAGCUUUCUUCUGAGCGUUCCCCUAAGAGAAGGUUGCAUGUCUGAACAUAACGCAGUUCCACAGCAUGUUGCUUCAGGUGCCGCUGCCUUUGGACCGAGAUGGGACGCUCUUCCGGCUCCGUUUCACCACCCUGGCUGUCGGGACGGUGUGCUGCCCGCUCUUUGGGUUCCUCUUCUGCGUGAUUUGGUCUCUGUUCUUCCAUUUUCAUGAAGCCACAGCCACCCACUGCGGCGUCUCCAACUACCUCCCUUCCAUCAGCGCCGCAAUCGGUGGGGAAACCCCUGAGCGCUACAUGUGGCGCUUCUGCAUCGGGAUGCACUCGGCCCCCCGCUUCCUUGUGGCCGUUGUCUACUGGAACCACUACCGUGGCUGCCACUGCCUGCGCCCCAGCUACCCGCGUCUGUGCAACGCAGCCUUCGCACUGAACCUGCUGGAGAACGUCGCCCUCCUCCUCCUGACCUACGUUUCCUCCUCUGAAAACUACAUGAUUCACGAAAACGCCUUCAUCAUCUUCAUUGCUGCGGCCCUCAGUCACAUGUUCUUGACCUGUGUUUUGUGGCGAAUGACGAAGAAACACACAGUAAGUCCGGAGGAGCGCAAGUCCUACAAGUGGAAGCUGUGGCUCUUCCUCUUCAACCUGCUCGCCUUCCUGGUGGCCGUGUGCUUCUACUUCCGACACAACUGGUACUGUGAGCCUGGAGUUUACACAAUCUUCGCCUUGCUGGAGUACCUGGUGGUCCUUUCCAACAUGGCAUUCCACAUGACGGCCUGGUGGGACUUUGGCAACAAGGAGCUGGUGGUCAGUUCCCAACCAGAGGACAAGCGCUUCUAGCAGAGGCCUCGCCCUGGUUCCCCGCUCACCGACGGACCUGAUGGAAGUCCCCUGAGAGGAGCCCCAGCCUGCAGCAAGCAGCUGAUCUUCCAGAGGGGCGCCGGUGCACCCCUCAGAUGGAGGCGUGUGGCAGAGGCUGCAAAGGUUCCUACCCAGAAAAGGGCACAGGGCCGUGGCCCACUGCGUCUGGCUACCCACCAAAUGGCAUGCCGAGCCCAGCUGCUCUUUGGACCGUUGGGACACUUCGAAUGGAACAAGAAGAGAGAAGAGCCCGGCCUGCCUGCUGCUGCUGCUGCUUACCCAGGAUGGGAGAACUCGCAGGGGGGGGGGGAGUAUUGCUGCUCCCCCCAACCCCGAUGCGCCUGUAGAACAGGAGAUUCCUUGCUGGCCAGCUCAGGCCAGGGACGUUUGUGGCUGCACUGACCUGGGGCUUGGCAGUAGCGGUCGGUGGUUGCAGCUGCUCAGCCGGGGUGUGUGUGUGUGAGGCUUGUCUCCCUGGCCUUGGGAAACUGCAGCCCGACCUCCUUCCACCCAGAGUGUUCCGCCCUUUCUCCCUUUCCCUCUGGCCAGCUUUCUUCUUUUUCCAGUCUGUUGCCCAACUGGGGGGCAGAGUGCCAAACCAAAGGAGCCCUUUGUAAAGAUUUGGGAGGGAGGGGCUGCUUGAAGGAAAGCAGCUGCACCCCCCCCCCCCCAGACUUCUGCACUGACUUUGUGUGUGGAGACAUCUGCGCUACAGAGGGGGGCGAGUUCAAAACACCGUUUGCUCCCUGGUCUGUCCCCCUGCGACUCUGGGAAGGAUCCCAGACAGUGGGAGAGGGACCGAUCGUUUUAUACAGUUUACUUUGAGUGUUUUAAAGAUUGCCGUGAGCCCUGCCGGAUGGGGCAUUAGCCUCUCACGCGCUGAGCCUCGGGUGGUUGGGGCUAGGCAGGGGGUGGGGGAGAGGCAGGCCUACACCCACAGGCACAACUGGGGUGCGUGCAACAGGAGGCCGAAUCGAGGGCAGUAGCGACCGUGACCCUUUGGAUCCACUCCGUGGCAUUCACGCAUGCCCUUGGCCAAGGCCGCUGGCUCCCAGCCCAGGCCUCUCCCUUGUUCCUGAAGCAAAGGAGCAUGAAACCCUUGGCUGGGCUGGAGAGGCGCUCCCUUGCCGGCAUCCCCCAAGGCCCAUCUGGUGUUGGCCUCACUGGCAGGAGAGCUGGUAGGAUCAGACUCCUGUCCCAGCAAACUCCUGUAAGGGUCUCAGGGUCUCUUGGUGGGAAAGCCAGGUGGAGAGCUGGGUCCAAGGCGAGGGGGGGAGGGAAGCAGGAAUGCCUGUUUUGGGAGACCUGUGGGUGAGCCCUGGGGUCUGGCGCUCCUGCGGAGAGUCAGGCGCCUUGCCUUGCACUGAAAUCUUUUCCGUGGCUUGCUUUUGCAUCCCAGCCAGACCUUUUGGGCCGCACUGAGUUGCUCCGUUUAAAGAGCCCCGCUCCUCUCCCACCCUCCCCAUCCCGCUCCCAGUUGCUUCCUGGUGCACGCAUCCCCGCGGCGUCUGCCCGGUGUGCCCUUUGGUGUGCUGCUCUGUGGAGGUGUGUGUGUGAGAGAAACUGUAUGGCCAGAUGUAUAUUUUCAUUGUGUUUUCUCCCCCAAGUUGAAAUAAAGC